CUACUCGAAAUAAUUUGAGGUUAAGAUUCCAUGGUAAACAACAUUAUCAACAAAAUUCGUUGUUAGAUUGGUAAAAAAUGACGAAAAUGUGCAUUAUUUGUGGCUGCUCGGAGGAUGAAGUCGAUAAAAUGUUUAAUUUCCCCACAAAUCCCGAAAAGUGUGCUUCUUGGCAACAGUGCAUGGGUUUUGCAGGCAUAAAAGAUGCGGGUUUUUUUAUAAGGAAGAAAAUUUGUUCGAGGCAUUUUACACCUGAUUGUUACACAGACGAGAUUUCUUACACCCUUACGAAAAGCGCAGUUCCUACUUUACAUCCAGCUGUGGCUUUAGUGAAAAAAGAAGUUGAGGUGGAUUAAGUUUAAAUAAAACUGUUUUUAGGUAGGGUUGAUUAUUAUCAUAUAAGAAUUGAGUGAUAUAGGUAGUUGAUUUAUCACUUCUUUUACUUUUUAUCUAUAGAAAGCAAUAAACCAAUUAUAGCAAAGCACACUAGGUGUAAAGAAAAUGUCAUGUUCUGAUUGGCUUAUUGCUGCCUAGAGAUAAUUUGCGGCGUUACUUUCUUUAGAAUUAGUUGUUGAUGUUAUUACUUAUCUGCAGCUAUUUUUCUACAUAUCUAUUUUAAAAUGUAAAAACACAGGUUCUUUAUAUUAUAGUCUUUAUUUUGAAUAGGUUUGCUUAUAAACUAGAAAUAUCAACAUUUAUAAUUUCUUAUAUACACAAAAAUGGAAGAAAAUUUACAUCAGAUCUACAUGCAUUAAUCAAUUUAAAAAAAUAAAGUUUUAAAACAAACUAAUAAAAAUCUUUGGCUUUUAAUCAGAUCCAUACCAAAUAACUGUCAUGCUUAUAAUAUUUAAAAAAUAUAUUUUUACAAAUUCAAAGUAAGAAAAACAAACGUUGUAAAAUGUUGAUUUUAUCGUUUUUGUUUUUGCUAUGUUGGCACAUGUUUACUUGAGGUAUGGGUGUGCUUCAGGGUCCAAUGUUGAGCCCCAGUCUUGCCAUUGAGAUGUUUUUACGUAACCUCACUAUUUCCCAGUACACGUCGUGCGCAGAACUUUUGACUAGACCCCUUUCAAUGUAUUUUAGAUAGUUUAAAAAAUCACAGACUGCUAUUAUCUGAAAAAAUAAAAAUUUGUCAGUUUAGUUUGGUUUAUAAAAUAUAUUAACUUACCCUAUUUCGGCAUAUUUGGGAUAUACUAAACCAAUCAUCUGAUUCCCCCAUACUCAUCCUGUAGAAACAAAGCCUUGGAACCUCCAGUAAAGAGCAUUUUCUGAAAAAAAAAUGUUACAAUGUCGUAUUUUUAUCUAGGGAUUCACUUACUUUGGAAACAUAGCCUUGGUUCUGUCCCCUACAGCUUCUAUGUGUAUUGUACCAGAUUCCACAGCUUUCGCAACUUUUUCCGAUAAUUCCUUAUUUGUAAAAGUUAGACAUAAAUUUAUGUCUUCCGAAUAAAUUCGUUGCAAAAAUCUUUCGGUUUUUUCCAGGGUUGGUUUUUCUUUCCACUGCAAAAAUUCCUUGUGAAGGACUGGGUCAAC